AAAGGGCUGCUAUUAAUAGUGUUAUUAGUAGCAUAUGUAUCUUAUUUUAUUUAUGCUCUAUAUUAUCGGUUUGGUGACGAAGGUUCCUAUCGGUUAGUUGGUUAUACAGUUGUAGGAGCUUUGUGUAUUUUGAAGUACUUCAGUUGGGAUUAUUUGUAUAAGUGUUUUGCAGGUCUUCUACAUUCCAAGGGUGUUACUUGUAAUGCUAAAUAUUUAACGAUAUUAAAAUGGAUUCUUUAUUUAGCAGUUUUUACGCUCGUUGUAGUGACGAUAAUUUAUGUUGUCCUGGAGACUCCAAGAAAUCUGGUGUCACUUGGAGGUUUAGCGGUAUUUCUUAUUAUAACUUUCGUAACAUCUCGUAACCCAGCAAGAGUCAAGUGGCAAACUGUAAUUGUCGGAUUACUCAUGCAGUAUUUCUUUGGACUAUUCAUUUUAAAAACUGACGUUGGGCGAUUGACAUUUACAUGGUUUGGUGAAAGAGUCACCGAGGUAUUACAAAACACAGAUGCUGGUACUCGAUUUGUCUUUGGUGAAAAUUACGUGCUUCACCCUAUAGCUUUUAAGGCAUUCCCAGUGAUGAUAUUUGUUAGCUCCAUCCUGUCAGUACUUUAUUAUCUUGGAAUUAUGCAGAAAUUGAUCAAUAGUUUUGGCCGAAUGUUGGGCUUCUUUAUGGUCACUACACCAGCUGAAUCGAUUUGUGCUUCCGGGUCUAUAUUUUUAGGUGUGGGCGAAGUGUUACUAUUAGUUAAACCAUUUGUAGCAGAUAUGACGGUGUCCGAAAUUGCUGCUGUUAUCACAUCCAGUUUAUCAACCAUGAUGGGAUCCAUUUUAGCAGUAUGUAUAUCACUUGGGAUCCCAGCAAGACACAUAAUAGCAGCGUCUGUAAUGUCGGCCCCAGCUGCUCUUGUCAUUUCAAAACUCUCAUUACCAGAAACUGAGAAAACUAAAGCUACUGAUGAAUACUACACUGUUAAGAGCGUGGGGACAGAAAAGAACAUUGUAGAAGCUCUUACCAGUGGUGCCACGGCAUCUAUUUCUCUAAUAGCCAACAUCAUUGUUACCAUUAUCAGUUUCCUUGCUGUUAUAGAAUUUGUGAAUUCCUGUUUACUAUGGGCUGGUCAUAGAGUUGGAGUAGAAGGUUUAACAUUUGAGUUAGUGUGUUCCUACCUAUUGUUUCCUGCGGCAUUCUUAAUGGGGGUCGAUACACAUGAUUGUAAAAGGGUAGCCGAACUGCUUGGUAUAAAAUUGUUUACAUUGUCUAUGAACGCCUAUAUUAAAAUGAUUCCUCUGUUAAACAACAGAAAAGAACGUACAGAUGUGAUAGCAACUUAUGCUCUUUGUGGAUUUUCUAAUUUUGGAACGUUGGGUAGUGCAUUAGCUUUAAUGUCAGCAAUGGCACCUAGAAGAACCGGGGAUAUAGCAUCAGUUGGUCUGAGAUGUAUCUGGGCAAGCAAUGUUGCUUGUAUUGUCACUGCAUGUAUUGCUGGUAAGCUGGUGUUUUUUAAUUCGGUGAUUUUCCGAAAAUUGUCCUGCGUGGUAUUAGUCAUUUAG